AUGCAAAUUCUUUUUCAGCUCCCAAAGAACCUCCCGCUCUCUGCGCUCCCUCCCAGCGCCUCUGUGGGCACAGAGUUCACUGCCGAUGGCACUCUGUACACCAUUGAGCUGGGAAGCCCUCCCGAUGCAGGGGUGCUGGUCAAAGGAGUUCUUCACAAAAUAGAUGCUCUUUACGUGGUUAGGCCUAAAUAA